AUGUUAUUCUCUACUCUUAUCAGCUCGCUCCUCGUCACUGUAGUCACUGCGAAUCCAACGCGUCGCGAUGUGACAAGCAUCAAGGCGGCUCUCGACGCCAUCUCCAGACAGUUGGUGACCAUGAAUGCCACCUUGAAUGGCUUCAAUGGCGGAGCCGAAGGAACUCUUACGGCGCUCAAGAUACAAGGUCAAGCCAUGGACCUCCAAAAGGAUAUUCAAUCUGGCACCUCGGCCGCGAAGAGCUCGGGUCCGCUAAACGAUCGUGAUUCUUCAACCAUCGCCUUUGGCAUCACGGACCUCACGGGUAAAAUCUACGACGUGCUGGACAAUAUUAUUACCAAGAAGCCUGCAUUUGACACGGCGAUUUUCGGCGUUGGGUCUGCUUCGUUUCUUGUCAGGUCGGAUUUGCAAAAUUUAAAAAAUGACACCGAUUUGUUUGGCGCUGCAGUCACUGAAAAGCUUGUCAAGUCUGUUAGAGACGUCUCGCCCCUGGUCAUUUCAGCAAUCGACUUUCAUUUUGACCAGGCACUUAAGGUGUAUGCCUAA